AUGAUUCAGACACAGGCCGACCAGAAGGACUAUUGGUCCAGUGAGACUUACGAAGCUGCGGCAUCUUUCGUCCCCCACUUUGCCGACACACUCGUCCAGAGCAUACCCUUUAAGCCCACCGAUCGAAUUUUAGAUAUCGGAUGUGGUGAUGGAAAAUAUACCACCCGUUUUGCUCCCGCAGUUAGCUACGUGCUAGGGGUCGACUCUUCUCCAUCCAUGAUAGCCGAAGCCAAGACGCUGGACUAUGGUGAAACAGCCACGGACUUCCGCAUUGUUGAUUGCCGGCAUCUGGAAGAGAACGCAGAAGUUAUGCAGGGAAACUGGGACAAAGUCACCUCGAAUGCUGCCUUACAUUGGAUAUUAAAGGAUCCAACCACCCGUAUGUCCACAUUAAAAAAUAUCUUCCAGUCAAUGAAGUCUGGAGGAACAUUCUUCUUUGAGAUGUGUGGACAUGGAAAUGCACCAGAAAUGACGACAGCAUUUAUGUUCGCUCUUGUGGAUCAGGGAGUCCCCAUUGAAACGGUAGAGGAAGUGUGGGCCUUGUUCUAUCCUUCAGAUGUUUAUAUGAAGGAAGCUCUCGAGAGUGUUGGGUUUCAGGUUAAGAUGAUUGCAUUAAAUCCGCAACCGCUAGAGCUGACGACCAAUGAAAAUGGUGGACUGGAGGGAUUCCUGAGGCUGAUCGGCGCUCAGAUGCUAGACAUUUUAGAUACCCAGGAGGAGAAGAACAGUGUGAUCAAGAAAAUGUGCCGUAUGCUGCGCUUUGGCACUACGAGAGAGAAUGGGAGUCAAUGGAUCACAUACGCUAGUCUUAGAUGUGUUGCUGUCAAGCCAUGA